GCGCUGGGUGGGCGUGUCCCAGCGCAGCGUCCUCUCUCCCGGAAAGCGUCGUGUGACGUCGGUGCCGCACAGGAGCUGCGGCGGUCGCUGCGGAGAAUGGUGUUAAUCAAGGAAUUUCGAGUAGUUUUGCCAUGCUCCGUGGAAGAGUAUCAAGUUGGCCAGCUUUAUUCUGUGGCUGAAGCUAGCAAAAAUGAAACUGGUGGUGGUGAAGGUAUUGAGGUCUUGAAGAAUGAACCAUAUGAAAAAGGAGGAGAAAAAGGUCAAUAUACACACAAAAUCUACCACUUGAAAAGUAAAGUCCCUGGUUUUGUAAAGAUGUUUGCUCCAGAAGGAUCCCUGGUGUUUCACGAAAAGGCAUGGAAUGCUUAUCCUUACUGUAGAACAAUUUUCUAGAAUGAAUAUAUGAAAGAAGACUUCUUCAUUAAAAUUGAAACUUGGCACAAACCAGACAUGGGGACACAAGAAAAUGUACAUGGUCUAGAUCCCAAUGUGUGGAAAACUGUUGAAGUGGUCCAUAUUGAUAUUGCAGACCGAAACCAAGUAGAACCUGGAGAUUACAGAGCAGAUGAAGACCCUGCACUGUUUCAGUCUAUUGAAACAAAAAGGGGACCCCUGGGACCCAAUUGGAAGAAAGAAUUGGCAAACUCUGAGGACUGUCCACGCAUGUGUGCUUAUAAACUAGUAACAAUCAAGUUUAGAUGGUGGGGACUUCAAAAUAAAAUAGAAAAUUUUAUUCAGAAGCAAGAAAAACGAAUAUUCACAAACUUUCACCGUCAGUUGUUCUGUUGGAUUGACAAGUGGAUUGACCUAACAAUGGAAGACAUAAGAAGGAUGGAGGAUGAAACACAGAAGGAAUUAGAAGCACUACGCAACCAAGGUCAAGUAAGAGGAACAAGUGCUGCCCAUGAUGAAUGA